AUGGAGAGUGGAAGUGUUUGGCAUCGUGCCAAAUAUGUGUUCUCUAGUCAACGCUAUCAUGGUGUUCCCAGCAAUCAACCCGAGAAAGCAAUACUUCAUUGGUCAAAUCGAAUUGAAAGUCAGGAAAAUAUCGAAGCCAGUGCCGAAGCAGAGGUUACUAAACACGACUCAUCCCGCCCCCAAAAGCCACAGUGGAUUAAUGGCGUCUUGCUCUGUGCCAAGGCAACUACUGUUCUGCUUCUUUUGAAUCUCACCUUCAUUGCAGUCGCUGCUGGACUUGCCAGCCGAAAUUCAGAGAACAGUGGAUUCUCCAGCGUUCAUGUAAUGUACCAGGGCAGCUGUAUCUUGUCCAAACGAUGGAACAUCGCCCUGCACUUGAUAAUCAACAUAAUCAGUACUGGAAUCUUGGGUGCGAGCAACUACUGCAUGCAGUCACUGGUCGCGCCGAGUCGGGAAGAGGUCGACAAAUAUCACGCACAAGGUCGAUGGCUUGAUAUCGGAUGCUCGAGUGUGAGAAAUCUCUUUGUCAUUGGACGAUCUCGGCUCGCUCUAUGGCUGCUACUGCUUAUCACGGGAACACCGUUUCAUUUGUUGUACAACUCGAUGGUCUUUGAGGCCAUGGCCGUAAACGAAUUUCGGGUUGUUAUGGGACCUGGGGACUUGGAUUCUUCCAACAUCGCGAGUUUGAAAACUCCUGCUCUUGAUCAGUGUUUUAUAAUUUCCCCAACGUUGCGGAGUGAGGAAGAUCCUGCAUAUCACGGUCUUUAUUCUGACGUUGAUGCCAGAGACUCAAACCCAGAGCUAGAGCAUGGUUGGUAUUCUGAGAGUGACUUAAGCUGGCAUGACUUUGCCGCUGAUAUUGAGCGUGGGAACUAUGACCGCCUGGACACUCAGCAAUGCAUCGAUAUUGAUAUUUAUAACAGUGGAAAUGCUACGAUACUCUGGACGAGCCUCGCGGACAGCAUUUACUCAGGUGGUGGGCACAGUAAUGAAGUGCACGGGUCUGCAUUUGCUGGUAAGACCUUGAUGAUCAAUAUCCUUGACUCUGGGAGAGCAAAUUACUACACAAACGAUAAUUUCACGGCUGAAGCGUGUCUUGACACUCUGGAUACAGCCUCCUGUGACGAUGCCGAUCUUCUGUUGAAAUGGGCCAAUUAUGAUGAGGACCAGCCGACACUUGAGAGUGUGGAUCGAUACAUACAGGUUAACACCACAUCUAACAUCAUGGCAAGUGGCUACGUCAUUACUUGCAAUCCAACCAAUAGAUCAGGAAGGUAUAACAUCGACGGAUGUCUUGUGAUCAAAUCCGAAGAGCGAUGCCAGCUGCUCUAUAGUCCGCCGAUUUGCAUUAUCAUUGCUCUCACGACAUCCCUCAAGGUCCUGGCAAUGGUCCUAGCGGCAAGAAUAGGUCGCUAUAGAUCGCCGCCUUUGCUCACCGUGGGCGAUGCGGUGGCAUCAUUUAUGGAAAAACCAGAUUCCACCACGGAGGGCAUGUGUUGGUUAUCCAACGCUGAUGUCCGCCGUGGGGCCUGGAAAGUUCCCCAAAAGACAGAGGACCCUGAUGCAGAGACUUUGGAAAGAGCCGAUCAGCGAGUGCCGAUGGAAUACAGGCGAUUAUCGCAACGCAAGCACUGGCUGCAAGCCUCAAGCCCUAUACGCUGGAUAACAACCCUCGCCUUAUGUUCAGCAUGUAUUGCCGCCGGAGCAAUCCUCUUUGGAAAAGCCAUCGCUCCACUAGGAGAGCGUUGGUUGACGCCCGAAAUUCUCCAAGAAAUAUGGCAAAAGGGGUUCUCUGGUGCCAGGGACCAUACCGACCUUGUUGACCUAAAAAGGACAUUGUCAACUUUGAGCUCUGUGGUGAUGGCCAAUAUACCACAGCUAGUCAUCACAGUCAGUUAUUUCUUCUACAACAGCGUGUUGACUAGCAUGCUUGCGACAGCCGAAUAUAGCUCCUACGGGGCAAGUUCAAAGCCUCUUCGAGUGACAUGGCCCAUAAAAGACAGCAUGCAGCAGUCAACGUAUUGGUUGUCCAUGCCAUAUCAGUAUGGAGUCCCUCUGAUGGUGGCUUACAUGAUUCUCCAUUGGUUGAUUUCCCAGAGUAUCUUCUAUGCCCGGGUCACGAUGUAUGACUGGGUUGGCCGAGAGAUUCAGGGAUUCUCGAUCAACUCCCUGAGCCAUAAGCCUUUGGCCAUCUUUAUUUCUAUAUUGACGGGUGCGCUCAUGGUCUGUAUGUUGCUUGGACUAUCGGUCAGAAAGUUCAAGUCCGAAAUGCCGUUAGCGGGGGCUUGCAGUGCUGCCAUCAGUGCUGCAUGCCAUUUGCCCAAGGACGAGGACUUGGGUCAUGCCGCUAGAGGGUCGGUGACGUGGGGAGAAACAGUGGCAUCGCCAUCCUGGGCGGGUGAUUUUGGUGGAAUCGAGGAUGACAAGGGGCAUUGUAGCUUUACAUCUUUGGAGACAGUAAAACCUUCGUUGAGCAAGAUGUAUGCUUAG